CGCAAGAGCCUCUUUUUCGGUUCUCCGCGGCCCCGUCGUUGUCUCUCUGCCGGAAAACCCUCUCUAAGUCCGCCCGGGUCCACAUCCAAGCAAAGAUGGCCAAGCCUAGAGUAUUCUUCGACGUCACCUCCGACGGAUCCCCCAUGGGCCGCAUCGUGAUGGAGCUCCGCGCUGACGUGGUGCCCAAGACCGCCGAGAACUUCCGUGCCCUGUGCACCGGAGAGAAGGGCUUCGGCUACAAGGGCUCCUCCUUCCACCGCGUCAUCCCCAGCUUCAUGUGCCAGGGCGGCGACUUCACCAACCACAACGGAACCGGGGGCAAGUCCAUCUACGGAAACAAGUUCGGGGACGAGAACUUCUCCCUGACGCACACCGGGCCCGGCAUCCUGUCCAUGGCCAACGCCGGCCCCAACACCAACGGGUCCCAGUUCUUCAUCUGCACAGCCAAGACCACAUGGCUGGAUGGGAAACACGUGGUGUUCGGCAGCGUGGUGGAGGGCAUGGACGUGGUGAUGAAGAUGGAGGGCUGCGGCAGCUCUUCAGGGAAGCCCAAAGCCAAGCUCAUCAUCGCCAACUGCGGGCAGCUCUGAGCUCCUGACCCGGACCUUCCUGCUCCCCCUGUAGCCGCGCCCUCGUAGGCUCCGCCCCUCCAUAAACAACAUUCCUACUGAUGGAGAUUCAGCAGAUCGUCCCCCUCCCUCUGCCUUCUGUUUCCUUUUCGUUUUUUAUUGAGACAUGUUGCUGCAUUUGUGACUUUGCCUUUUGAAGUUUCUUUUGCAUUAACGGUUUUCCGCAAGUCCCAAUGUUUUUUUUGUUAAAUCAAAAGGAAUAAGAAAAUAAAAGAUGCCUUGACAAUGAAA